AUGGCUCCACCAUUUCGAGCCGAUCAAGUAGGCUCGUUGCUUCGUCCAAAGAGUCUUGUAGACGCGCGAGCAAACUCGACCUUGAAAGCAGAUCGUCUGCGUAAUGGUCCCUCGCCUGAAAACGGUGCGCCGGUCGACAACGUCGAAGAUUCUUGGGGUGAAUUGAAGGCCGUGCAGGAUGCCGCCAUCAAGGACGUCGUACGAGAACAACUGGAUCGCAACAUCCUCCCCGUUGUGACAGGUGAAUUCGAGCGGAGCAUCUUUUAUGGCAACUUCUUUGAAGCCCUAAGCGGGUUCGAAAUGCGCUACACGCCUUUGGAGGACUUCAAAAAGGAUUUCCCUACCAAUCGGCCACUCAUAAAACGGGGGAUUCAAUGCCGGGAAGCUGGAUAUCCAACAGCCAAGAAAGUGACCCUCGACAAGUCUGCUUAUCUCGACGACUGGCUCUUCUUCCGUAGCCUCUUACCCGAAGAUCAAGUCAAGAAUGCCAAAAUGACAGUUCCUCCACCUGGGUGGUGGCACAUCCAGCUCAAACAGCCAUUUUCACCGGAGCUGUUUUCCUCGGACGAAGGGCUUUUGUCUGAUCUGAGUGCCGCCGUGAGGAAGGAAAUAAUGACGCUUUACGAUAAUGGUCUCAGAGUAAUUCAGGUCGACGAUCCUAACCUCAGUUUCUUUUGCGAUGAAGAGUGGAUUGCGACUUGCAAGACCGAAGGGGUCGACCUGGAUCGUCUGCUCGAAUUGUAUAUCAAGUCGCAUAACGACGUGAUUCGGGACUUGCCAUGGGACCUCCAUGUCGGUGUGCACAUAUGUCGAGGAAACUUCCCCAAUGGCGUAGGGUUGGCGAGUGGAUCAUACGAACGAAUCGCCAGGAAGUUGUUCAACGAAACGGCGUACAAGCUGUUUUACCUAGAGUUCGACAGUCCUCGGGCGGGAGAUUUCACACCUUUGAAGCACUUACCGAAUGACAAGGCGGUUGUCCUAGGUGUGGUGACGACCAAACAUGCGGACCUAGAGGAUAUGAGUGAACUCAAGAAGAGGGUAUAUCAAGCUGCAGAUACGAUCGCCCAGGGCCAGGGCAGAACUAGGGAAGAUGCUCUCCGGGACAACCUUGCUGUUAGUCCUCAAUGUGGCUUCGCUAGUAUUCAUCGUGAGGGCGGAGUAGGCAUGAGUAGAGAAACGAUGUGGGAGAAAUUGGACCUUGUAAAGAAAUUGUCCGAGGAAAUUUGGCCUGGCUGGAACAAGGAGCAAGGAGGCGUAUCUGGAGUACUCGAUAGAAAUGUGGGGCAGGGAGCGCCCAACAGGAGACAUUGUCUGGGCAGUGGUUCUGUCCAUUUAUAG